GUUAAUGAUUGCAGGGGUGCAUAGAUGAGGGUAUAAAGACAAGCAGGGAGCUGUGGUUGUCUCUACCUUAUAGUCACCAUGUCGUUCUCAGGGAAAUACCAGCUGGAGACCCAUGACAACUUUGAGCCUUUCAUGAAGGCUAUUGGUCUCCCUGAUGAGUUUAUCCAGGAGGGCAAAGACAUCAAGAGCAUCUCUGAGAUUGAGGAGACUGGAGACCACUUCAAGGUGACUGUCACCACGGGGACAAAGCUCCUCACCAACUCCUUCACCAUUGGCCAGGAGACGGAGCUCGAGUCGCCGACCGGGGAGAAGGUCAAUUCUGUGGUGAGGAGGGAAGGUAACAAGCUGAAGUUCUCCCUGAAGGGGAUCGACUCUGUCACAGAACUGGCAGAUGCAAACACCCUCGUCAACACCAUGACUGUAGCGGGCAUUGCUUACAAGAGGAUCAGCAAACGAAUAUGAUGAUCUACUGCACUGUUUGGAUUAAUAAAAUGUGAAAGCAA